AUGGCUCACGUGCAGGUCUGUGUCCCCGUGUCCCCGUCCCCUUCCCCGCCACCCCACGCUCAUCCCAGUGUCUUGCAGGUGGCUCUUCGCAUCCGUCCGAUGAGCGCGGCCGAGCUGGCGGAGGGGGCCAGACCCAUCGCCCACCGUGUGGACGAGCAGGUCGUGGUGCUGCGAGACCCCAUGCAAGACCCCAACGAUGUCCUGCAUGCGAGCCGCUCCAGGGAGAAAUCCUACGUCUUCGACGUGGCCUUUGACUCCACAGCCACCCAGGAGACUGUGUACCGUGCCACCACCCAGAGCCUCGUCGCGGUUGUCAUCUCUGGCUUCAACGCCACCAUCUUUGCCUACGGCCCCACCGAUGAGGGAUUCCCCUCCUCUGCCUCAGGCUGCGGGAAGACCUACACCAUGCUGGGCACCGAUGGUGAGCCUGGCAUCUGCGCCCGCGCCCUGGGCGAGCUCUUCCAGGCCAUCAAGGACACCAGCGGUGACGUGGAGUACGAGGUCUCCAUGUCCUACCUCGAGAUCUACAACGAGACGAUCCGGGACCUGCUGAACCCCUCACUGGGCUGCCUGCAGCUGCGGGAAGACGCCGGCGGCACCGUCCAGGUGGCCGGCAUCACCGAGGUCUCCGCCAUCAACGCCGACGAGGUCAUGCAGCUGCUGGCGCGAGGGAACAGGCAGCGGACGCAGGAGCCCACGGCCGCCAACCGCACUUCGUCACGCUCCCACGCGGUGCUGCAGGUCACCGUGCGCCGGCGGCACCGGGGCAGGGGGCUGCGCCACGGCCGCCUCUUUAUGAUUGACCUGGCAGGCUCUGAGCGGGCGGCACAGACGCAGAACCGCGGGCAGAGGAUGAAGGAGGGAGCCCACAUCAACCGCUCACUGCUGGCCCUGGGCAACUGCAUCAAGGCCCUGAGCCACCGGGCGAGCACCAAGUACAUCAACUACCGUGACAGCAAGCUGACCCGCCUGCUCAAGGACUCGCUUGGGGGCAACAGCCACACAGUGAUGAUCGCCCACAUCAGCCCAGCCAGCACCACUUUCGAAGAGUCCCGCAGCACCCUUGCCUAUGCCCACCGUGCCAAGAGCAUCCGCGCCACGGUGAGGCACAACCUGGUCAGCGUCUCGUACAGCGUCAUGGCUGACCUGCGCAGGGAGAUCCAGCACCUCAAGGGCCAGGGGGAUGCCGAGCCAGGGCGGCCAGGGCAGGGCGAGCACCAGGACAUCCCCUACAUCCAGGCCCAGGUUCGGCCACGUGGUACCCACCCGGAGCUGGGCUGUGUGCAGGAGAAGAUGCUCGGUGCCAGCCGGGAGUGGGCAGCCCUGCGCCACCACCUCCUCCGGCUGGAGGGCACCGCGCUGCAUGCCCAGCAGCUCCUCGCCCUCACCCGCAGGAUGCUACGAGGCCAGCAGUGGAGCGAGGAGGGGCAGGGGGAGCCGGACGGUCCCGGUGACGGAGAGGGGGACUCGGACACAGGGGAUGAGUGGUUGGACGUGCCAGAGCCACCCGACGUGGCUGUUGCCCACGAGAACAUCGCAGCUCUGCUGGAGGAGCAGGGCAGGCUCCAGCAGCGGAAGGCAGAGCUGGCGUGGCGUUUCCGGCAAAGCCAGCAGCACGCGCAGCGGCUGGAGGAGGCCCUGCGGUGUCGGAGCAGCUCGGAGGAGCAGCAGGAGGUGCUGGCCCUGCUGUGCCACCUGCACCAGCUGGAGCUGGAUUUGGCAGAGACGCGGUCCCACACCCUGCUCGAGGGUGGCCUCCGGCACCCGCCGGCUGCCGCCACACGACGCUUCAACCGGCACCGGGUCCUCUGCGCCCGCAUCAUCCAGCAGCAGCAGCAGCUCAUCGCCGACCACCGGCUGUCGGUGCCGCGGUCGCUGGAGGAGCUGUACCAGACCUACCUGCAGGAGCUGACGGGCGACCCUAGGGAUGCCAGCACCCUCAAGGGCACAUCCCUGCCCAAGAUCCCGCAGGCGAGCGGCGCGGAGAGCCGGCCAGACUCGGACCGGGACAGCGUGCAGGCACAGAGCUGUGAGCACCCCACACCACCGCGGCAGGGACCUUGCCGUGACACCCUCCCACCCCUGCGCCCCACAGGGGACAGCAGCCCCCCGACCCCCAUGUUCAGGAAGACCCUGCAGGAGCAGCAGCUGGGGAGCACGGCGGUUGUGCCCACCCCACCUCCCGGCUGUGGCACAGCGGCCCAGGCGGUGAGCACAGCUGUGCCCGCAGCACCGCAGCCCCAAGAACGCCAGGAGAUGUCAAGCAGCACCAAGAGCAUCGUGGCUAAGGCUGCCCGGUGCCGGUCCCGCAACUCGGAGAGCACCCACCCGCACCCACCGGGGCCCAUGGAGGAGCAGGGUGGUCCCCGGCUGCGGCACGCUGGCAGCGAGGACAGCCGGGCAGGGACGGCCACCCGCUCCUUGGGGACCUGGCUGCGGGUGUGCAAGGGCAGCAGGGAGCCAGGGAGGAUGGAGGAGUCGCCGGAUGGCAGAAGGAGAUCCAGGUGGUCACGCUCCUUCGAGGUGACCAGCUGUGGGCUCCCCAGCACCUCCAGGAAGGGCCAGCACCCGCUGCUCGGCUGCGUCACCAGGAACAGUGCCAGGGCCCCUGGCAAGGACAGAUGGAGUCACCGGUACUGA